AUGUGCGCGGCCACCGCGCAGCAGUUCAGAUCGAAUCCUCUGUUUCGCGUUCUGGCCUUCCUCGACAAUACCGGCGCGCAGGCCUUUGCGCUAGACGCCGAGGUCGACGCGGACGGUGACUUUCGGGACCCAGAUAGCGUGUUCGCGACGGAUUCAGCAAUCGCCGGCGUUCUCACAGCGGCACUCGAUGCACUGCGAGCCAACGUUCGUCGUCUCUUCGCGGACGCUGCAGAGCAGCACGCAUUGCUGGCUGUUCUGGGUGCCGGUGCACCCGAGCCGCCAGAGAAGGCAUCACUGUGCAUCACCACCAUUCCUGGGCCAUUACCGCUCGAGGUGGACGGUGUCGUGCCGGUGGACGUAAAUAGCGACGCGUCCCUGCAGCCACAGCCAUCCUCCUCCGCUUCGCUUUCCUCACUACCCAUAAGCACUUCCUGGAGCGAAGCAGUGCUGCACCCCACCUCCCUCGCGCACUACGCCGACAAUGUCGAAAACGAGAUUCCAAUUCACUUGCUGGUGCGGCUGCACGAGGUGCUCGGCAUCUCCGCCGUGCCACUGACAGCAGACGGCGCAGCACGCGCGGCGCCAUCGUGCUACUGCACCUGCUCUCCUUUUGUAGAGCAACUCCUCAUCGACGGGCUUGACGAAUGGCUGCACCGCUGCCCAAUUGAUGAGGUGAAGCGGAUGGUACUAGCGUGCGGUGUUCAGCCGACGGUGUGGGAGUCGACGUUCACACAGCAGCAGCAACAGCAGCAGAGAGCCGAUGCACAAAGCGCUACCCUGCCUGAUGCUCUGGCAGAUUUUGUGGUAGAUGUUGUCUUCCCUGUUCCCGCACAGGCACAGAAGGUGUCUCCCAACGCGUCAAGUACCACCACCGUCGAAACGGUUCAAGACUGGCUCAUCCUCUCCUUUGAGAAGAACCGUGAGGCCGUCGACCUUGAAGAAGAUGAUAACGCUUCCGCGAAUGAGCAAAGUGGCAAGAGCGACGACAGCGGCACGAACAGCCAAGGCGAGAAGAAGCGCAUCCGCACCAGCAGCACGUGCCCUUCAGCAGGCGACCGUGACGGCCUCGGCUCGUGGGAACCGAUAGACGGCGAGGAGGUGCUUACGGCAGAGAACAUUGAUCGAUAUCUACUUGAAUGUCCGCAGCGUAUUCCAAAAGAGAUCCUGCGAGCGAAGCGUAAGCGCAUCUCUGACGCAGGGAUCACUGCGUUUGAGCUGGAACAUCACUACACAGCCGCGGAGUUGAAGAAGCUCGUGAAGGAAGGUCUAGGCACCAUGACGGCGGCCGAGGCAACGGAUUUUAUGGGGCUUCCUGUGACAGAGGCCCAGGUACAGCAAGCAGCACGAUUGACACGCAAGGCGCAGCUUGUGGAGUGGAUACUGACCCUUCACAGAGCUGCAGUACUGCAGCAGUCCCACGUGUAG